CAGGGGCACUUUCUUUCAUCAGGAAGCUUUUGACAAAAUGGAAGUCAGGAUGGCUAAAGGUGAUCCCAAGAAGCCAAGGGGCAAGAUGUCUGCUUAUGCCUUCUUUGUGCAGACAUGCAGAGAGGAACAUAAGAAGAAAAACCCAGAAGUUCCAGUCAAUUUUGCAGAAUUUUCUAAGAAGUGUUCUGAGAGGUGGAAGACAAUGUCGGCAAAAGAGAAAUCUAAAUUUGAUGAGAUGGCAAAGGCAGAUAAAGUACGCUAUGAUCGGGAAAUGAAGGAUUAUGGACCAGCUAAGGGAGGCAAGAAGAAGAAGGACCCAAAUGCCCCCAAAAGGCCACCGUCUGGAUUUUUCCUUUUCUGCUCGGAAUUCCGCCCCAAAAUUAAAUCUACAAACCCUGGAAUUUCUAUUGGAGAUGUGGCAAAGAAGCUGGGCGAGAUGUGGAAUAACUUAAGUGACAGUGAAAAACAGCCUUACAACAAUAAGGCUGCAAAACUGAAGGAGAAGUAUGAGAAGGAUGUUGCCGACUAUAAGUCUAAAGGCAAGUUUGAUGGCGCCAAGGGUCCCGCUAAAGUUGCCCGGAAAAAGGUGGAAGAAGAAGAUGAAGAGGAGGAGGAGGAAGAGGAGGAGGAGGAAGAAGAGGAGGAGGAGGAGGAGGAUGAAUAAAAAAACUGUUUAUCUGUCUCCUUGUGAAUACCUUAGUGUAGGGGAGCGCCGUAAUUGACACAGCUCUUAUUUGAGAGGUGUCUGUUGCCCUCAUUAGGAUUAAUUACACAAUUGGGUCAUGAUCAUAUGUAGUCUCUCAAAGUGCUCUAGAAAUUGUCAGUGGUUUACAUGAAGUGGCCAUGGGUGUCCGGAGCACCCAGAAACUGUAUCAAAGUUGUACAUAUUUCCAAACAUUUUUAAAAUGAAAAGGCUCUCAUGUUCUCCUCACUCUGUGCACUUUGCUGUUGGUGUGACAAGGCAUUUAAAGAUGUUUCUGGCAUUUUCUUUUUUUUUUUUUAUCUGUAAGGUGGUGUUACCUAUUUGGUUAUUGGCUAGAAAUCCUGAGUUCUCAACUGUACAUAUCUAUAGUUUGUAAAAAGAACAAACAACCAAGACAAGCUCUUGAUGCUCUUUGCUUGGUGUUGAGGCUGUGAGGAAGAUGCCUUUUGGAGGGGCUGUAGCUCAGGGCGUGCACUGUGAGGCUGGACCUGUGGACACUGCAGUGGGCAUCCAUUUAGCUUUAGGUAGUCUUGUUUUUGUAUAUAGUGACAUAGCAUCCUGCCAUUCUUAGCUGUGGAAAAAGGGGGGUCAGCUGGCAUGAGAAGUAUUUGGAUCGUUUUGUUUUUUUUUAGUUGUGUGGUAGUUUUAAACUUUGUUUUAAAACAAACUACAACUCUUCAUUGUCAACGAAGUGAAGAGUCACUGCAUCAAUGAAAGUUCAAGAACCAUCUGUACUAAACACAAUUUGCAACGUUUUGUUAAUUUUUGUAUGUUUAGAAUGCUGAAAUGUUUUUGAAGUUAAAUAAAAACAGUAUUACAUUUUUUAA